AAUAAUUACGAUGACAGCCCGAUGACAAGGCAUACAAGCUUGUAGCAGGGUAAUUGUGUACAGGCUCGUAGCAUCGCUGCGUGCACUGCUGACGCCUCGUCCUCAUCGGCCACGCAUGCGCAGAGCCGCCAGCCAACUCGUGAGAAGAGCCAUGUCGACGAAACGCAUCGGCGUCCUCGUCAAGGACAACCACGCGGCCUGGCCGCCGCGACUGAAGGACUGCGACGCCGAACUGAUCAACGCUGCGACAUCAGAAGAACUGCAAGCCAAGGCAUCAUCCAUAGAUGCGCUGGUCUGGGUGCCCGGCGUCGCUGCCGCAGAAGUCACACAAGCGUUCGAGACGCUCAAGCCGCAGUGGGUCCACUCCUUCCCCGCCGGCGUCGACGGCUUGAGUGGGUUUCUCUCGUCAGAUGCGUUGCAAGCUAGACAGGUACCAGUAACCAACGGCAAGGGCGCCUUCUCGUCUUCCUUAGCGGAGUACGUCAUCGCGGCAAUAAUGCAUUUCACGAAACGAGUGCCCCGCUGUUUGGCAAAUCAAAAGGAGAAAAAGUGGGACCCCUUCGUGAUGGACGUCGUCGCGGGGAAAACCGUGGGGUUUGUCGGGUACGGACACAUCGCACAACAGACCGCGGUUUUAUGCAAAGCGCUGGGCAUGCGCGUCAUCGCCUGCCGCCGGUCGAGUGGUGGGGAGGACGUCGUCGUGCCGUCGCAAACGUAUUCACCGAAUGAGCGCUUGAAAUUAUUCGCUGAAGCUGACUACGUCGUGUGCUCGCUGCCGGGCACGGCGGCGACCCAGGACUUCUGCGGUGCUCAGGAGUUCGGCGCCAUGAAAAGUACAGGGGUUUUCGUGUCAUUGGGACGGGGCGCCGCCGUCGACGAGGACGCUCUCGUUGAUGUGUUGCAGAAGGGUCAGAUACGGGGCGCCGCUUUGGAUGUGUUCAAGGAGGAGCCCCUGCCGUCUUCGUCGCCGCUCUGGGCCCUGGGCGACCGCAUCUGGAUCACGGCGCACAACGCGGACUUGACCGAGGACUACUUCGACCUCGGCUGGGCCGUCUUCGCGGACAACUACCGGAGCUUUGCCAGUGGUGAACCACUCAAGACCCCCAUCGAGGUAAGUAGGGGCUACUAA